AUUUCAAAUUUUGUAAAUUACAAAAUUGACAGCCGUAGUAAAUAAGAAAGAAGAAGAUUAAAUAAUUUUUUGUAAUGGCUUUUGAGAAAAGUAUUUAUGAUUUAGCUUAUAAUGGUGACUUUCAAUCGGUUAUGUCAGCUUUGGAUGAAUCGCCAAAAGUUAUUACCACUCCAGAUAGUAAUGGAAGAUUGUUAAUUCAUUGGUCUAGUUUGGGAGGACAUGAAAAUAUUGUCAAUUAUUUGUUAGAACAUAAAUCGCCAGUAGAUCCUUUAGAUGAUACCGAAAUGACACCUUUAAUUUUAGCAGCUUCCGCAGGUAAAGAAAACAUCGUCCGAAUUCUUAUAGGAGCUGGAGCAGAUAUUAAUCAUCAAAACAACCAAGGGCAUUCAGCCUUACAGUAUGCUAGUUCUAAAGGAUGGAAAGAAAUAACAGAAAUGCUACUGAAAAAUAAUGGAAAUGUAAAUAUUAGUGACGUUCGAGGAGCUACACCACUUCAUCGAGCUGCUUCUAAAGGAAAUACAAGCAUUGUUAAACUGUUACUUGACCAUCCUGGUGGUGUUAAUGUGAACGCCAAAGAUUGCUAUGGAAACACACCUUUGCAUUUAGCGUGUGAAGAAGAACGACUUGAAGAUGCAAAAAUGCUUAUAUCACAUGGAGCAAUACUUGAUGUACAAAAUAAAGAAAAAAAGACACCAUUGGAUUUGUGUAGUCCACAACUUGCAAGAGUUUUAAAGGAAUUCGCUAAUAAUUUACGAACAUAUAUCCCAAAUCCUCCUUCUAAUCCAAAUAUUGUCGAGCUAUAGGUGCCUUAAAAAACCGCAAUUUUAAUAAAAUGAAAUGUGAAUUUGUAUUUCCCAAUAUGAAUGCCCUUUGUCACCUAAAAUCUUUAAUUUAUUAGUUAUAAUGCCAUUACUUUGGAUAAUUUUGUACUGGUUGUUCUAAUCAUUAAAUCGAAUUAUUAAUAAAUUUAAAGAAAAUUAAAAUAAA